AUGGCGAAACGGAGCGCCGAAGAUAUUGGCAUUGAGGAUGGCGAUCAGGCCUACCUCAAACGCCAGAAGAUCACCAAUCCGGUUAAAAGCGUAAAUGUAAAUGCUGCAACGGAGAUAAACUCUGGGAAACAGUUGCGACAACUUGUUGCUUUUGAUCAGGACCACAUCCGAGCGAAACAUGGAAUUCAAUCCUUCAAAAACUUCCUCGACGGCUUCGCGAACCCAGACAAGGAUAUUGGCCGAGCAACUGCGAUUCUAAAGGACUACCUCGAUUCGCAUAAACCAGAAGACGAGAACGACAAAACCGCGGCGUAUUUACCGGACCUUAUGCAAACAUGGAGCUAUGCCGCCCAAUCGAAUGACGAGUCGUUAUUAUCCGCAGUCCCGGCUGUCCUUGCAUUACUGCUCAAGACACUGUCCAACGUGCUCGAGUUUUCUGAACACGGCUUGAGGCUAUGCCGAACUAUGCUUCAGAGAAGUCAACUGGAAUUAAUUUCUCGCGGUCUGACCGCGAAUAAGAACAGGGAAUUCUUGAUCUCUCCGGUCUUGCGAUUGCUCAAGGAAUUAAGUACUUUCGACGGCGGAGCUCUAGCAAAGCAGGUUUUCCGUGCAAGGGAUCACACCCUCAAGGGGUUGGGGCGUAACCUCAACCUACGAUUCACUGGAGAUGGCAUAGAGGAUGUCCGACGCCCAUCUGUGCGAACCAAUGCCCUUCGAUUCAUCCUUCCCAUCUUCAAAUUUCUCCCCGUGGAAGCAAAACGAGAACUUCUUAAUCAACGAGAUAUCGCAUCAAACUUAACGAGAGGUAUCGAAGAUGAUCCUGCUCCCAUGGUUCGUGAGAUCUUGACGACAUUGAAAACAUAUGUGCUUCAGGAUGAGGCACUCCCACGAGAUGCUAAAACUAAGGUUGUGAAUGCUGCUUCGUUGGGCCGGAUCGCCCUUUUGUACGGAUAUGAGCACCCAGAUGGGGGAGCAGAAGUUCCUCAGACACCUGUGAAUCUUGUAGCACACGAGUUCCUAGUCUCGGCAUGUACCUCUCAUGAUUUUGGAGUUCUCAACCACCAAACAGGCUUUUACCCUCGAGGCAUCGACCCUGAUGAUCUUGCCGAGGUUGGCGCAAAUGAAGCUGUCCUUGAUCUAGGCCUGGAUAGUAUCGAGUGGAUGGAGAAUUUCACGGAUCAGGUCCCAAUCCGAAAUACAAUUCUGUCUGAUUUUAUCCAAACCCUCCGGCCUUGGUCCAGCACCAAACAAAGAGAACUGUUAAUAUCUGUAUUUCGAGCGGCGCCUGAACUGGUUGCGGAGUAUUUUUUCAACAAGAAGUCCUUCUCAUUCGAUCCUAAACUGACGGCAACCUGGAUUGGGUAUUCGGCAUUUCUCUUCUCCAGCCUGCAACUGCCUCUCCCUGAAUUCUUUGGGCACUCUCAGCGAUAUGCACGACUCCCACCUCCUCAUUCUAUAGUCUUGGAGAGUAUUCUACCUCAACCUCUAAGUCAGAAAGUUCUAAGAGGCUGCCUAUUACAGCCCGAACCCUUGAUCAAGUUCUUUGCCGUCAGGCUACUUUGCAUCGCUUUCAGCAAAUUCAAAGAUACCCUAAGAAUGUAUCACAAUGCAGCAGAUGGAUCAUCGCAAUUAUGGACGCAAGCAGCUACGUUAUUGACGGAGGCCUUUUGCAAAAGAUGCCCAUCAAUCAAAGAUGUCAUCCAUGGCUUCAGAAAUAUGACUGAUGACGAUUUGCUACAAAGGGAAGCGAUCACGAAGUUACUCGUAUUGUAUUAUGAAGUGGUUCCUAGCAUCGCGCUGGAGGCUAAGUUCGACGUGUCUGGAGUUCUAUCGCAAACACUGCACAGUGUGGAUAAAACGACCUUAAAACCACAAGAUCGUGCCUUGCGUGCAAUGGAGUUAGAAAAUCUCUUCCAAUUUGCACACUUCUCACCCGGUAUGCGAUGGUUUGCCACGACGCCGGAACUUCCUCUUUCACCAUUUAUGGCCAUGUUAAAGCUCUCUGCUGAGGCUCCUGAGGAUGUCCCAUUGCUCAAGUUGCGCUCGGUUCUUGCUUCGGUCAUUGAGGAGAAUCAAAUACUGCAAACUCAAACCAAAAUCUCGGCUUUAGACUCUUUUAUUCUGAGAUUAAGAUCCCUUGGCGGGACGCCGAAUGCACCCUCCGUAUAUACGUUCCUUGACGACUGUAUAUCAAGAUGUGCUGCUAAGCCCAUCAAGUACAUAUAUGCGCUUGAGGAGAUACAGGCGAAGGACCAAUCGAAGGACCAGCAGCGUCCUUUCAGCCUAUUAACCUUGGCUAUCACGGAACAAUGGCCAUUUAUGAUCAAGUCCGCUGACGAUCAGGUUAUACAAGAGAUUGCUCAAUUUGUUGCAGGCUACUUGGCGACAUGCAUCAAAAUAAAGGAGAACAAGGCGGCGAUAAAAUCAGUGAUAGAGAGGCUGGCUACAGAAACACCGGUCGAAUCACCCGCACGAAAGACCAUCGAACGAUCCCGUAAGCUUGUCGAUAGUAUCUCGGUCCCUGAAGCUAAGCGGAUACCCCGCGAGACCUCCAUAAAAGAGUCCAAGAAUAAUGUGCCUUCUGAUACCGAGAAAGCCGCUUUGAUGGCUACCAUGCUUGAGGAUUCCAAGCCUCAUGGUGAGAACCACAACUCGCUUAUCAAAUGGACGACAAAAGAGGUCGAUGAGGUUGUGGAAGGCGGUCAUGCAGCUUCUCUGAUAAUGCUUAUGUCGUCGGAGUACUUGAGUGUGCGGAAGGAAGCUCUCACGAAUAUUUCAAAAUUUGCUACGAAACUAAACGAGUCAUCCUUCGAAGAGAAAGAGCAGAUCUGGCUACUCUUGUCUGAGGUGGUGGAAACGGCCAAGAAAAUCAUCGACGAGCAACCUUUACCCACUGUGAUAUCGGCGUUCGCUGCCCAUGCCAUUCCGGUGCUUAACGACCCAUUGCAUAUUCUGUACCCGAAAAUCAACAAAUUCCUCUCGCAGGGUCCGACCUGGGAGUUGGAAAAGAUACCUUUGAUGUAUAAGAUCCUCGACGAGGCUCCAAGUCUAGACGACGCAUAUUAUCCAGAGAUGAGCUGGCUACUUACAUACAUGCUCGCGGGUCUUCGAACAGCAGCAGACAUGGCUAUUUAUCGCAAGAGGCGAGUUUUUGAAAAGCUAUUCAGUAUCUGGAACAGUGCAUAUCUGGCUCCAGGGUUGCGGGACAAGAUAUUGAGGAUCCUGUUCAGAGCUACGACCAUAGAAGGUGGCAGCACCACACUUAUCACAAGAUUCAGCACAAUGACUUGGCUUCAAGCGCAAGUUGCGUUGGGUUCUGGGAUGUCCCUUAAGGUGCUGAUGGAGAGGAUCUUGGAAACCUCAGAUCAGCAGCGGGUUAAGAAAUGGGCAAGGACUAGGGGCGUAAAUGCUAUCAAAGCCGACACUUUGAAUUUCUAG